GCUGGUUCUUGCCUGGGCACGAUGUAACGGUUUCAAUAUCAGCUCUGCAAACUUCUCCAUCACGCGUCUCCAGGCGCCUCCGAAUAUAACAGAGACCAGAGGAGACGGAGCGGAGACGCGGACUUUCCCUUUGAUCUCUUUUCCUCUCUUUGAUCGCUCGGUUUCAAUGUGACAUGAGGAGUGCACCGCGCGCGAGCCCCCGAGUCCCGGCGCCAGACGGAGCUCAGUGAUCCUCUCUCUCAGUGAUCCUCUCUCCGUCUCUCUCCGUCUCGCGCGCCGCCGGUCCGACCGGGAGGGAAAGCCGCGCGCACGUGCAUGCUGCGGGUGUGAUUUACCGCGGGCGCGCGCUCCAACGCAGCCGACACGAGCAUGGGCGGAUUUAUCUGAGGAUCUGUGUGUGUUCUGUACAACAUUUAUAAAAAUUAUUAUUAUUAUUUUUUUUAUUAUUAUUACUAUUUUUUUUUUGGAUGACGGAAAAGAAGUGAUAGAACAGUCUGUCUCCUGCCAUGUCGUGGUUCCUGUGUCUGUGGAUAGCUCUUAGCUGCCUCGUGCUCUGCCAGGCCACGCUGUACGAGACCAUCGAGCAGCACCACGUGCCUCGCCCUGGCCGUAACGCCAUCCAGAUCCUCGAGGGAGGGACGUGCGAGGUGAUCGCGGCCCAUCGGUGCUGCAACAAGAACCGCAUCGAGGAGCGCUCGCAGACGGUCAAGUGCUCGUGUCUGCCAGGAAAAGUAGCGGGAACGACGCGCAACAAGCCCUCCUGCGUCGACGCCUCCAUUGUGAUCGGAAAAUGGUGGUGUGAGAUGGAACCGUGUCUGGAAGGAGAGGAAUGCAAGACGCUGCCGGAUAACUCGGGCUGGAUGUGUUCUUCUGGGAACAAGAUCAAAACCACCAGGAACACACAGCCGUAUUCCCCUUUUUAGCUCGAGAGCAGCUGCAGGAGAACCGGCGCAGAACCUUCAGCACCAGAUUCAUCCCAGGACUUAACCCACAGCUCCCAUACGGCUGCGCUCGAGCGUCCCCUCUGUCCCAGUGGACUAAACCAUUCCAUCAAAGGGCAGUUUAAACGGAUUUGCUGUGAAUGGAGGACGAAAGUACGCUCGAACUGACGACCUGCCAAGAAUCUUUAGUUUUUGGGGAUUUUUUUUUUUUUUGGACAAGAGGACGAGCUGAUCCGGACAACUCCUCUUUAUGUGUCUCCCUCUCUCACACACACACAGAAACACACACACACACACACACUGCAUAUCCACAUAUGAAGACGUUUCUCAAGCAAAAUGGACGCAUUGGAUCAGUGACUUUACCAGAACAAAUGGAUCAGAGACGUCGCACUGGUCUCUUGUCCCGCCGAUUAUUAUUAGACAAUGGAGUGGCAUGCUUGCUUUGUCUGGACUUCAGGAGCGUGUAGCGUGACUUCAGAACCCUCAUAAAGACACACACACACACACACACACACACAUGCAGGUCAAACCCCAGUGCAGUCUCUAUCUUUAUUUUUUAUUUUCUUCCUCCGUCAGCAUGCUCGGUGUACUUUUGUGAGAGCUUUUAUUCGUCUUCUGUACAUAUGUGUGUAUAAAUCUACAUAUACAUAUAAAAAAAAAGAGAAGUUGUAUGAUCUUAUAUGCUACAGACGUGUUCACAUGGUUCAGGAGAGUGUGUGAAUGUGCUCGUGUUUCCUUACGCGAUGUCUCCAGGAUACCACGUUCAUCUUAACAACGAACAAAAGGACGGUACACCAAAAAAAAAAAAAAAAAAAAAAGAAAGAAAGUCAGUCCACUGAGUUAAUGACUUUAAAAUAAAAAAGUGGUAUGUUACAUGUAGACAUUUGCAAUUCUGCUUCGACACAGGUCAGCUAAUCGGCUAACGUGCUAACGUACAGGUUUGGGUGAUGGAACGACGGACCCUGUCCUCAGCUUCGUCUCCGAGUUUGGGAAUAGUCAUAGAGCUGAUAGUGCUCGUGUGUGUCUG